UGAGCUAUAAAAACUAAUCAGUGAAGUUUAAUCACAUGUUAGGACAGAGUUUUGUUGAUCUAAAUAAAAUCUACUGUGACCACCUUGAGGAUCACGAUCCAGUGUUUGGGAACAACGUCAAACAAGAGCUGUCUCGUGAUUGGGCAAGAACCUCAAUAAGCCCCUCCUCCUGCCCUGAAGUCCCUGGAGAGUCGAGCAGCAGAUCAGACUUUAAAUCCGCUCCUGAACUUCACAAACUCAAGAAUAAGAACAUGGCCUCCUCAACGCCGGACUCUUCAUCUUCCAGGAACUCCUCCUCUUCCUCACUACAGGACCUCACGCACUUGGCGCUGCAACUUAUUCACUGGAAGGAACCAAAGAAGUCAGCAUUGGCAUUUGGCCUGUCACUGCUGGUUCUUAUCUCCAUGGCAACACUGUCCGUCAUCAGCGUGGUGUCCUACCUGCUGCUCACCUGCCUCUGCAUCACCAUCACCUUCAGGGUUUAUAAAUCUGUGAUCCAGGCCGUUCAGAAGUCCAACGAGGGACAUCCAUUCAAGUCUCUUCUGGAUCGGGAUAUCUCCCUGUCAGCAGAUGCAGUGCGACAGAUCGCGGAUCAGGUUAUAGUCCAUCUGAAUCAGUUCUCCUUCCAGACCAGGAGGCUGCUGCUGGUGGAGGAUCUGGUCGACUCUCUGAAGCUGGCAGCAGUCAUGUGGGUGAUGACACAUGUGGGAGCGGUCUUCAAUGGACUCACCAUCCUCAUCCUCGCUGACAUCAUCUUCUUCACCUCUCCCCUCAUCUAUCAGAAGAAAAAGACGCAGAUCGACCAGUACCUGAACCUGGUUCAAUCCAAGAUGGAGGAGACACUGCUGAGGCUGCAGGACAGGUUACCUGGAGCCGUCAAAAAGAUCAAACCUCAGUGAAGAGAUGACCUGUAACCUCUGUGUGUGGCUCCAGCCCCUCCUGUGAGUGGUCUGUUGGUUGAUGAGCUGAUCUGUUCUGACUGUUUUAAUAAAUAAAUUAAUUAAAACUUCACAGCAGUUCAUCAGUGACUUUGUGGAUUUUCCAUGUUCUUGGUGUCUGUUUCCAAAAUGUCUCCAUCAUGAACAUCUGAGAAUAAAUUCCUCCUUAAAAACA